AUGGACGCGACCACGACGACGGACACAGCGAUGGCACACUCGUCCUCAAAGCCACAGUCGCCGUCGCCCCUCUCACCGCCGCCUCCGACCGCGAAGGCCGCCCUCAAAUCCAAGAUCGAAUUGCUGAACCAGUCCAUCAAAUCAAUCCAGCAUUUGAGGCAGAUCCCACCGCUUCUACUCAAACCACCCCUCAGGAAACCGCUCACCCCGUCGCGCCCCAUCCCUCCCCCGACACAACACCUUGCAUGGCAGCCGACGAAUGCAACCCACCACUUUGAGCAGUUCCGGGGCAUCCAUGAUCAAAUAUUGUCCGAACCCGUUCAGCAAGCUCUUGCGGCUGCCCGCGACAGUGAAAAGGCAGACUCCAGCGACCUGACGGUCAACGCAAGGAGGGAGACCAGAAAGCGACGACGGCCGCCAUCUCCCAGCUCGCCUCAGCCGUAUAUAUCCACCACCACCUCAAACCCAUCCCUGUUCCCCCCACCGUCAGAUACAGACCCCGAACCCCUCAAGGCUGACCAGCUUGCCCAAUUCAUAAGAGAUUUCAACCGUGGCAAUGACUCGAAACUUCACAUAUGGCUCCGAUCUCGAAGUGCUCCGAAAGACGAACUUCCAGUAGUCGUCCGAUUUACCCUGCCGGAUGUCCUUACCGCCUACAUCACGCUGAAUUAUACACCGCCACAUCGUUCUACCCUGGUCACCGAGAGCGUUUCCAUGUUUGCUCCGAGGGAACAAGUGAAUGCUAUGCCUCCCUUCUCCGUUCCAUAUCUCAUUCGUGCCUCUCCCCCGUAG